AUGGAUUACAGACGCUUCCCCUUUUUCAGUGUUUUUAUUUUGUGCACUUGCUCUUCUUCACCGCCGAAUUUCGUCCUCCUCUUCGCUGAUGAUUUGGGUUUCGGGGACUUGGGCUGUUACGGACAUCCCAGUUCACUCACUCCCAACCUGGAUCGCCUGGCAGCAGAAGGACUCCGCUUUACUGAUUUUUACUGCACCAGCCCCGUCUGCAGCCCGUCCAGGGCAUCACUACUGACAGGUCGCUAUCAGACCCGCUCAGGCAUCUACCCAGGUGUUUUGUACCCAGGAUCUGUAGGUGGUCUUCCUCUGAAUGAGACCACCAUUGCUGAAGUCUUGAAGCCCCUGGGCUAUGCCACGGCUGUCAUUGGAAAGUGGCAUUUAGGGUUUGGGUCCAAUGGGAUGUUUCUUCCAACCAAACAGGGCUUUGACCAGUACCUGGGGAUCCCAUACUCUCAUGACAUGGGUCCAUGUUGGAAUCUGACUUGCUUCCCUCCAGAUAUUAAGUGUUUUGGAACGUGUGACAUUGGUACAGUAACUGUCCCACUAAUGUACAACGAGGAUAUCAAGCAACAACCAGUCAACUUCUUGGAUCUGGAGAGGGCUUACAGUGACUUUGCAACAAACUUCAUUACCACAUCAGCACAGAAAAAACAACCAUUCUUCCUCUACUAUCCAUCACACCACACCCACUACCCCCAGUAUGCAGGUCCAGGGGCAGCUGGACGCUCUUCAAGGGGUCCAUUCGGAGAUUCCCUGCUGGAGUUUGACAACACUGUAGGCAACCUGGUGACAACUCUGGAGAAUGCGGGAGUGAUCAACAACACAUUGGUCUUCUUUACAUCCGACAACGGGCCUGAACUGAUGCGUAUGUCCCGUGGUGGCAACUCUGGUCUUCUGAAAUGUGGCAAAGGUACCACAUAUGAGGGAGGCAUGAGAGAACCAGCCAUUGCAUACUGGCCAGGGACCAUCAGGCCAGGUGUUACUCAUGAGAUGGCCAGUACUCUAGAUAUCCUCCCCACAUUGGCGCACCUUGCAGGAGCUAAACUACCACAGGUGAUGCUGGAUGGGGUCGACAUGACAGAAAUUCUUGUUAAACAAGGAAAGAGUAAAAGAGAGACAAUGAUGUUCUACCCUAUAGAUCCCAGUGAAAAAUAUGGCCUGUUUGCUCUAAGGCUGGGGAAGUACAAGGCCCACUUCUAUACACGAGGUGCUACUCACAGUGGUACCACUCCCGACAAGGACUGCCCAGCUUUCGCAGUCCUCAAGGACCAUGACCCCCCUCUGAUAUUUGAUCUGGAGGCUGACCCAUCUGAGAACUACCCUCUGCGAGUAGAUACACCAGACAUCCAAGCCGUGCUGCAGCAGAUCAAGAAAGCUAAGGAGCAGUUUGAAACCUCCAUGGUGUUUGGGGAGAGCCAGAUAUCAAAAGGAACAGACCCCAACCUUGAGCCUUGCUGCAGCCCUGAGUGUAGCCCCAAACCCAGCUGCUGUCAUUGUUGAUGGGACAAACUGUUGCAGCUUCUAAUGAAGACAAUGGAAGGAAUGGCUGGACUGCACUGCUGCUAUCUUGUGGACAGUCGAGCUUUAAUUACUGUUCAUACUGAAGAGGAAUAUGUAGACAAUGUGCUUCCUCAGUGAGGUGAUUUUCUAUUGUUCGAGUACUGUUUUAUGAUUUGAUUUCUAAUCUGAGUUCCGCCUUGAAAAUGUUUUGCAGCCUUUUUCACUCACACAGUCAAGAAUUAACUAAACAAUGAGGACAACAAUAAAGGUUCAGACAUCAAGCAUAUAUUUUAUUUUUAAGACCAAACCCAUGACAAGGCGAAUGAUUUUUUUUUUUUUGUUUUCCCAUGAACUUUACAAGUCCUUGUUUUUAAAGAUACAAGAUAAGAUAUGUUCUGUCACAUACUGUUUUGCUCUAGGUAUACAGUGAAGAAUCUUGUUAAAGUAAUAAAGUCAAAAGUUGGUUUAAAGUACUUCUCAGCGGCUAUAUAGGACUAGAUCAUCAGAGGGUGUUCUUGUGUAGCUGUGUGAAAAGAAGUAUUUUAACUAGGCUGUAACAAGAUAGAAAAACAGAAUCAGAGGCAAGUAAAUACAGAUCAGAGAUGGGACACACUGUUGGAGCUCAAAGGCGAUUACUAUAAUCGGCAAGACACAAUAAUAGUUUUCCAGUGGCAGCUGACUGAGUCACUAUUCAGCUCUAACAGCAGAUUGCUCAGUAGUUUGGUGGUGUGUCACACACUAGUGAUGUCACAUCUCACAAAUGUGCCCUAAAUGUGCCGCUGAAGCCUGUCUGCAGAGAGUCAUGGAGUCUUCAGGAACCCAAAUGCCAGCUGUGUGACAUAGACUGAGAUAACACCGUGUGUUGAAACAUAAGACACUGAAAUAAAAUUAUUGCAGAUCACA